UUUCAGUUUUUAUCGAAGUUCAACCAGUCUACAGUUAUUUUCUGCACUUCAAUAGCAGUUGGCUAAAUAAGCAGUAUGCAUUGCAAGCUAUGCCACUAUUUUGUCAAACGUGGAAUUUCCAUCUGCGACAUAAGAAUUGCAGUUAUUGCCACAUCAUCUGCAGUUGCAAGACGACUGAACUUGGAUACACCAACAGGCACCUAAUAUGCUGAAAUGGCUGUCUACCAGUCCAAGUCUUUCGCUUGGGGCUUAACGCGUGUGAGAGGAGCAAACUGCAAUACCACUUCUUUCGACUGCCCUCAGUGACAGACAACAGAAGACAGUCGGAUGCCGCGGUCAUUUAUAAAGACUGAAUUGUUCAUAGGGUUUGAACAGAUAACCAACGACUGAAUACUGAGGAUCCAGUUUAGCCCUAUCUGAUACCGAGCAUUAUGUACAUAACAGGAGCUGGGAAACUCAUAAUCUUUGGAUGUCUACUGCAAGAUGUUCUCUGCCAGGAAUGGUCAGCUUGGAUGCCCUCAAAAAUCGAGGCUCUGAGAGGAUUAUGUGUGGUCAUUCCCUGCUCGUUUACCUUGAGUCCUCAAUAUGAGUCAUGGCUUACAGCUUCGUGCAAAGGAAUAUGGAUGAAAAGAUGGUCACAGGUGUUUGAUUCCAGUCUCACAGGAACUGGCUUCAACGAGAUUCCAGGAAAUCUAACUGGGAACUUGGAACAUAAGGAAUGCACCACAGUCCUGAAUGACCUCCCAUAUCUGAAUCACUACUUUUACUUCAGACUUGAAUGUGGCAGCUCUCUGAAAUUUAGUUUCAGUGAAAGUGUCCGAAUUGUGACAAAAGAUGAUCCAUCCCAACCAACUUUAACUCCAGCCACAGUGGAGGUGAUGGAGGGAACUUCAGUGAAUUUGAUCUGCUCUGCAGCUGCCCCAUGUCCCACUCUACCCCCAACUCUGACAUGGACCCCCACACUCACUGGCAGUAUGCAGGAUUUCCCAGAGCCUCAGAAUCAAGUUCUAACUUCUGUCAUGAACUUCACCGUUUCACAUGUCCACCAUGGAGAGGAGAUCACCUGCACCGCGCUGUACAAACAAAAACCUGGCAUGAGUGAGAAAUCAUCCCAAAAAAGUCUCACAGUCACCGUUUUUUACUCUCCCAAGAACACCUCAGUGUCAGUCCGUCCCUCUUUCUCGGUGGUACAGGACAGCUCUGUGUCUCUGACCUGCAGCAGCUCUGCCAACCCAUACGUAUUGAGUUACAACUGGUACAGAGUUAUUGGAGAACAGGUCACACAAAUUGGUGCUGGAAGUGUGCUAACUGUUCAGGCACCCGCAGAUGACAGUUAUUUCUACUGUGAAGCAAUUAAUAACCAUGGAACCCAGAACUCAUCUGUCAUUCAACUGAAUGGAAUGUACCCUCCUAUGAACACCACAGUGUCAGUCAACCCCUCUGGGCCAGUGGUAGAGGGCAACUCUGUGGUGCUGACCUGCAGCUGUGUGGCCAACCCAGCAGUGAAGAACUACACCUGGUUUAGAAUGGAGGGCACAGAGGAAGUCCCCGUUGGAUCCGGAGAGAGUUUGACCUUGGAUGGUAAAGCGAGUGACAGCGGAGAAUACUACUGUGAAGCUCUUCAUGCAUUAGGAAUGGAAAAAGCCACAGUUGUUCACCUGGACAUUCAAUACCCGCCCAGGAACACCUCUGUGUCAGUCAGUCCCCCUGGCUCAGUAACAGAGGGCAGCACCGUGACACUGGCCUGCAACAGCCACGCCAAACCAGCCGUGAUCAACUACACCUGGUACAGGGUCGACAGACGGGAGAAGGACGUUGUAGGCUCUGAAGAGGAUCUCAACAUCUUUAACGUGACCAGACUUCCAAAUGAACAAUACUACUGUGAAGCUAAGAAUGUCCAUGGACUGCAGAUCUCUGAAGCCAUCCGUGUCAAUGUGACUUUUCCCUCAGAGAUCCUGAACACCUCCCGCUGCAUCAGGAUUGCAGCCAUGUCGCAAAUCCGAUGUUUCUGCGAUAGCCACGGAAACCCCACACCCACACUGGUGUGGCGAUUGGCUGGAGAGACUGUCAAUCACUCUUCUAAUGCAUUCAUCAGGGAGGAGCCAAUGGGCAUAGCAGGCCUGAGAAGCUCCCUCACCAUCCGCCAGUCACAGGAGGAGGAAAUUCCAAAUCUGGUCUGCCUCAGCACCAACUCUGAUGGUUCUGACAGCUUCUCGUUCAACUUAACGUCAUUGGAAAUGUAUGAAGGUUUCCACCCCUUUUCUCUAUUCAUCGGUGCUGGUGUGGGUGCUGGUGUUGGCGCUGGAGUGAUGACGCUUCUCUGUAUCCCACUGCUUCUCAUCUGCAAGCAUAGGAGGGCCAGACAGUCACCAGUCAGAGGACAGGGAGAAACUGGAGAGCUCAUAGUGACUGAGAGGCCCCUCAGUCAGGAGGAGGACAACAUCUAUGCCAAUAACGCCAUGCUGAAGGAGGCCCUGGGGGCUGAGGGGACCGGGGACAGGGACAUGGAGGACACAGAGGACGCGGAGGACACAGACCUCCACUAUGCCAACCUGAAUUUCUCCAAGCUCCAGGCCAGUGUGGCCCAUCUGGGGGAGGGGGAGAUCAGGGGAGUCUCCAAGACGACGGAGUAUGCCAUGAUCCGCCUGGUCUCCGCAGGUAGUAUCGGUAAAGAGGCCGGGGAAGGGAAGGUCAACGAUGGCCUGGAGAAGGGCUGUCACAAUGCAAACCAUGGAGCUAAAGCUGUAGAAGGAACCCAGACACAACCCAAGGGUGUUGUGGAAGCAGGAGCUGCAAAGGAUUCUGGUUUAAAAGAUCAACAUGUUGUGACUAGCUUUGCCCCCACCGUCCAGCCAUCCUUGAAAACCCCACAGGGACAAAAUGAGCAGUAUGACCCAGUGGAGACUGCUGUGGACGAGGUGACAAUACUUUUUGAGCAAAAACCUGGAUCUAUUGGUGAAGAGGAGGCGACGUAUGGGAACAUAUGUCACAGUUUCGAUACAUCAGAGGCAAAUGGAGGACAACCUGGGACAGAUAAGGAGUAUUGUAUAAAGACACAAUGAGUUGAUGCUGUGAGCAUUUAUGCAGAUGACUGAGCAUAAGGUGGUGAGGAAUCAUCCAUAACGCACUGCAGAAAAAUCCUCUUUAGUGCUGUAAAAUCACUACUACAUUUUCCUAAAACAUGUUUUUAUCAGUUGGGAUUCAAUACACUGUAAUUUCCAGAGACUGUGGUUAAGAAUAUGCAUCCUUAUAUAAGUGAAACAAGUGUUUAACUAUUCUAAAAAACAUGUGUUACUUACAUGCCAUUGUAUUCAAACUUAUUAAACGUUUUAAUGUUUAUGCUAACUUUUUAAUGUUUUUUAUAGGAGAAAGACAUAAAAUAAUUUCCCUUUCAACUCACAGUGAAGGGAGUUAUAAAGACUACAGUAAAAUGUCGUAACACAUGUGA